GUCUAGUAACACAGAAGCAUUUUGAAUAAAACAUUGAAAUAAUUAUGACUUUGUAAUUGAUACUUAUUUGUUACGCUAUAAAGACAUGCCAACUACUAUCGUUUCAGAAAGGGGAAUUUCUUUUCAACACCUCCAAAUAUCUCUUCGACUCAGAGAAAAAGACCUUAAAAAAGCCUUGGAGAAAUAUGUCCCCCAAACCGAUGUCCCAUUCUAGAUGGACUGCAUCUCCUAGACCACUAUUCAAUACAACAUUCGACCAAUAUGUUUAUACUUUAGAAAUACUGAAAACCACAGCGUUUGAUACGUUUGACCUCGUAAGAACACUUCCGUCAGAUGAAAAAGCUGUGAGAAUGAAUGACAUCAACAUUAGAGGCAUGCACAUGAAAAGCUCAGGUCGUAAAUCUAACCGGUCAAAACUGAGGUCAGUCCAACAAAGCAGACGUCGCCGGAACACUGUGCAGGACUACUACCCACAAAGCAGACGUCGCCGGAACACUGUGCAGGACUACUACGUCGACGUGGUGGCGAUGAUUGACUACAAACGCUACUCCAAGUUCUUAUCACAAGCCAGCUACAAUAACUUCGCGGCAAUGCAGAAUAUUCUAGAGUACUAUGCUUUUGUGUUUAGCGGGAUGGACAUGCUGUAUGAAGGCAUCAAACAUCCAGAGUACACGAUUCAUAUUCUUCUGAGUAAAAUAUACGUUCUUCAGACGGUCACUUCUUCAAGUUUUAUUGAAAAGAACGCUAGUUACGAUGAGACGAAUGGGGACAUAGUGUUAAAAAAUCUACGAGUAUUUAACAUCGGCGCUGGGCGGAGCAUCGUUGGCAAUUAUGAUCACGUGAUGCUGUUCACUGGUUAUGAACUCUUCUCAGAGGACAGUAACAAUGAUAAACGCAAUAUCUUAGGGGUUGCUUAUGGUGGAACUAUUUGUCGAACAGACGGGAAGAGCUCUUCUGUAAUAGAAGAUCGCCAAGGCUAUUCUACCUGUAUAUAUACGGCAGCACAUGAACUGGCACAUGGCCUCUCAGCCCUUCACGACGGAGAUGACAAUCCCUGCAACGCAUCAGAGAGAUACAUUAUGGGUUCUCUUGAUGCGGAAAAAAGGCCUGGGACAGAGUAUAAUCCAUGGCUAUUCUCUCCAUGCAGUGUCAGUUACUUUACCAGCUUAUUGAAGGAAAAGUUGAACACCAGUCGAGGUUACACCUGUCUCGUCUACGCUAUCGAAGCAUCAGCAGACAUUCCAGAUGUAUCUGAUAAACUAUUGGGCCAGUUGAUCAAACCUGAUCAACAGUGUCAGCAGUUUUAUGGAAAUGAUUCCAUGUAUUGCAGGGCUUCCGAACCUAAAAGCUCUGUCACUGAAAUCUGCCUGGCAAUGUCAUGUGCAGAUAAUUUAAGAGACAUUUGUAUCCCGCAGAUAGCCCUCAUGGGAACAUCAUGUGGCGAUGGAAAGAUCUGUAUGAAUGGAAAAUGUGUCAGCGACCCAUACGCUCCUCAACUUGAUGAAAACUGUGCAUUUGGAGACAAACCGGAUAAAACUUGCGAAUGGUAUAUCCAUGGAUUUAUAGGCCACUGUUACUCUUCUGUUAACUAUCAACUAUGUUGUAACACGUGUAACAAUGUGUCUAGGCCUGUGAAAGGCUGUGAAUACGGAGACAGAAGCAUGGAUUGUACACAAGAUCACUGCUUGGAUUCUAAAGUGGAUUGCUGCGGCACGUGUAACUAUGGCACACCCUUUACCCCAACGUACAGCACCAGAAGAAGCACACCUAAAAGAUUAGCCACGACAGUCAAUCCCCUUGUAAUAUUCACUUCAACUAAAGGAUGUGAACCAGGAGAUCAAGACUUGAUACCAGAACUGUGCACUAACUUUAGCGUCUGCCUGAUACAGCCAGCACAGUGCUGUCACUACUGCUCGUUAUAUCACACGUCUACAACUGCAAGUACCACCACAACGAGACCAUUGAUACCACCCACUUCACCCAAAACUAAAUGUGAACCGGGAGAUUUAGAUUUGAAACCAGAACAAUGUCUUAACCCUAGUGUCUGCAAGACACAGCCAUUACAGUGCUGUAACUAUUGCUCGCUUUAUUUCAAAAAUAAAUCAAUGACUACACCAACGAUACAAUUUACUACACCCACUUCACCAAAAGAAUGUGAACCAGGAGAUCUAGACUUGAGGCCAGAACUGUGCACUAACACUAGUGUCUGCCAGACAAAUUCAUCACUGUGCUGUCACUAUUGCUCGUUACAUUACAAGUCUGCAAAUACAAGUACCACACAAUUAACGUCCCCCAACGAGUGUGUACUAGGAGAACCAGAUUUAAGUCCACAGCUGUGUACUAGCCCAAGUAUCUGCCAGACACAACCAUUGAUGUGCUGUAAAUAUUGUUCUUCCCGUGACAAUUCUGCCAGCCGUCUCUCAUUAUACACUCUUUGGAUAGAGAUCUAUAUUAUUCUAUAUUGUUGUUUUUUGCAUUGCGUUCUAUUAUUAUAUGUCUAUUAGGUAGAUAAGUACAAAUGUCUAUUUGGAAGACAAAUUACAAAUGUCUAUUAGGUAGCUAAAGUAGAAAUGACUAUUAGGAAGAUAAAGUACUUAGUAGCCCGAGUAGGUCUACUCCACUGAUAUCCCCUUGUUCAAUAUUUUACUAGAUUCUAGAUUAUAUAGAAUAUAUAAAUACUACAACAAGCUAGUUUUAGCUUUUGUCCCCACAACGAUAUCAAUCAUAAUGAAGCAAUCGUUGGUGUACUGUGUAUGAAAUAAUUUUAGUUUUAUAGACCUCUAAUAAAACGUGGCUUUGAUAAUUCAAUUGAGGUAAUUGAUAAUUUGCAUGCUUUCGGACGUCCUCUUCUAAUAAUACUGGAUCUUAAGAUAAAUUGUGUUGCUAGUUGUUUUUUUUUUCAUUAAACGAUUUCAAGUUCUUUAUAUAAUGUGUGUUGCCUUUUCCAUUUAUAAGUUAUUCUACAGUUACUGCACUUAUAACGACUUGUU